AAGCAGCUUGUAAACAACAAGUGACGUUAAUGUAAUGCGCGACGAAGCUUUGAAUUAGCUUGAGGAAAAGCCUCGUUUCGGGCCGAUUACAUCCUCAGUUCGUUUUAAAAUCUGCUUUUGCAUUUUAAUAUAAUCUUCCGUAAAUCUUUGUAAAAACUGACAUUUUACUUCUCCCUUCCCACUGGUUGACAUCGUAAAGCCAGGCAUUGACAAAAGAAGGAUAUCUACCAACUGAAAACAGCCUCAAGAUGAUGAUGCACGCUUGACAGACUGCAGCUUUGCUGACGUUAGCUAGCUAGAAAUUUAGCUAUUUGUAUCAUUUGACAGUUUUUGGGAAAGAAAAUAUGACAACUCUAACAAGGCAAGACCUCAAUUUUGGACAAGUGGUUGCUGAUAUCCUGUGUGAGUUCCUGGAGGUCGCUAUUCAUCUCAUCCUGUAUGUCCGUGAAGUUUAUCCCUCUGGAAUAUUUCAGAAGAGAAAGAAAUACAGUGUACCUGUGCAGAUGUCAUGUCACCCAGAGCUGAAUCAAUAUAUCCAAGAUACACUUCAUUGUGUAAAGCCACUCAUCGAGAAGAAUGAUGCAGAGAAGGUGGUAGUCGUCAUCAUGGACAAAGAGCAUCAUCCAGUAGAGAGAUUUGUGUUUGAGAUUUCCCAACCUCCGCUGCUGUCCAUCAGCUCGGACACAUUACUGUCUCAUGUGGAGCAGCUGCUGAGGGCAUUCAUCCUGAAGAUCAGUGUGUGUGAUGCUGUUUUAAAUAAUAACCCACCAGGGUGUUCAUUUACAGUAUUAGUACAUACCAGAGAUGCUGCUACACGCAACAUGGAGAAGGUUCAAGUCAUCAAGGAUUUUCCAUGGAUAGUGGCUGAUGAGCAGGAGGUCCACAUGCACGAGUCUAGACUCAUCCCACUGAAGACCAUGACAUCUGACAUAGUAAAAAUGCAGCUCUAUGUGGAAGAGAGAGCCCAGAAAACGUAGGCCCUCACUCUGCAGAAAGAAACGAGUGUUACUUCUGUCGGAGCCAAUCUGUGAUGAUGCAUUGUAUAGAACACAGCCUAUCAGAGCUGGAACAGUCAGAAAGAAACAGUUGUUGUUGAGCACAUGGGGAUCAUCAAGAAAAAGAUGUGGAAUGUUUGAGGUGUGUACAUUAUGCUGCAGUUAGUGUUAAGAGUGGGACUGAUACACUGGGGCUGACAUUUCAUGAAGAAUCAAAUCUGGCCCAGACUGUUUGCUGUCUGCCUUUGAUUUGAUUGCAUUCUAUACAAAUAUGCAUGAAUAUGGCUGUUAUUUUAUUGCCAUGUCCUCUGUUAAAUUGCUUUCAAUGCAGAUAUCUUUAGUGUAACAUGACUGAAAUGUAGUUGUUGUACCAUGACAAUGGAAUUCCAGGGGAAAUGGAAUAGACCAGUAUAACAAUACCGGAUAUCAACUCAAGAAUCUACCACCAGCAGCUUCUACAAACCACAGGUUUCAGUUUAACCCUUAGCUGUGCUGUAUUUUCACUGUAAAGAUAUUCAAUCUCUGUUUCUCUUUGUAGGGAAAUUGUUUUGCUAACGCUUCCUAGAGGCUGUAUUUUCACCUCCACGGGGAGGUCAGGCUUUAGGUCAUCUUGUGUCGUUUUUUUCACCCACCAUAAUGUCCCACUGAGCCACAGCAGUUCUGUGCAUGGCGUUUACGUAUUAUCGGUCAGGAAUGCAGUGUGAAAGUUUUGGGUUGGUUCCUAUGGAAUAAAAAUGAUCUUGGUGUGAUUUCUCAUGCACAUUUGCAACCAGUGAUAAUGUUUGCUUCCAUUAUUAUGUAACAAACUCAAAGUUUUGCUGUUGUGACAAAGGAACAGUUUAAUUUUUACUGCUGAUAAUGUGAUUUAAAAUGUAAAAAAAUUUUUAUUAAAUUGUAAUAAAAACCUUUUAAAACACCA